UUGUUCCAUUGUCUUUGGCUUUGGAUGGCUGAACCACUUCGCUACAGCGGCGCCGCGUACUUUCGCCAGCGGAUUGUUCUGUCCGUGCUGAGUGGCCGGCCAGUGCGCAUUGACAACAUUCGCUCCACCGAGGACAGCCCUGGGCUCUCAGAAUACGAGGCAAACUUCCUCAAGCUGAUCGACAAGCUGACAAACGGAUCGCAGACGGACAUCAACUACACGGGUACUGCUGUGCUGUUCAAGCCAGGAUUCUUUGCAGGUGGGCAGGUUGAGCACGAUUGCGGCACCGAGCGCGCUGUCGGCUACUACCUCGAGCCAGUCAUCUCGAUGGCCCCGUUCGGCAAGGCACCGCUGUCACUGACGCUGACAGGCAUCACAAACUCGGCACAAGAUCCAUCAGUCGAUGUUCUACGCACAGUCACGCUGCCCACAUUGAAACUGUUCGGUCUGGAAGACGGUGCCGAACUGCGUAUUGCCAGGCGAGGCGCUCCUCCGCUCGGUGGCGGCCAAGUCUUCUUCUCUUGCCCCGUUGUCAAGCAGCUGAAGCCAGUCCAAUUACUCGAGGCUGGCAAAAUCAAGCGUAUUCGUGGCAUUGCUUACUCGACACGCGUCUCGCCACAAACGGCCAAUCGUAUUGUCGACGCUGCUCGAUCUCUGCUUAAUACGUUCAUCCCUGAUGUUUAUAUUUACACCGAUCAUUACAAGGGUGCUGAAUCUGGCCGCUCGCCUGGCUUUGCACUGUCUCUUGUGGCUGAAUCGACAACCGGCGUGCUGACCUCCGCAGAAUGCGCCGCCGAAGCAGGAAUGCUUCCGGAAGAUUUGGGACUCAGAACUGCCAAACUCCUGUUCGAAGAGAUUUCACGCGUAGCUCACAUCACACCGUUACACCAAUGUAGCAUCCAAUUCCUGAGGCAUAUGCGAGAUUUCCUUGGUGUUACUUUCAAGAUCAAGGCAGAGCCAGAGUCCCAAUCACUCACAUUGACGUGCAUUGGCAUUGGUUUCCGAAAUCUCAGCAAGCGACUUGGCUGAGCAACCUCGGCUCGUUUUGGGUUUUUGCGUUAUUUCGUUCUUCAACUUGGAAAUAUACAACAUACUUGGA